AUGACAUCAAGUGAUGAUGAUGCCGUAGAACUUAGGGCGCAAAUCCAGCAGCACCUAGUUGAAACCGGAAACUAUGAACGUAUAUCAAAUAAACUAUCACAGAGCUUGUUAGAUGAAGGUUGGAUAGAUCUAGUUAAAAAAGCUACAAAAGAAGCCAUUGAAGAUUCGACUUCGAUUAAUUUCUUUGAAAUAUUGCAAAAGGUUGAGCCUGAAGCUGUGAAGAUGGUUUCAACGAAAACUAAGAAUGAGAUUAUGCAACAAAUUAAGGCAUUUCUAUGUGAAAUAGUGGACACAUGA